AACACGACGGACAUUUACUUUCUUUCAUAAAGUAAGUUCUUAGUUGAAUCCCGCGAAGAGAUGGCCAUAAAGAAUGUUCGAGCGGCUAUAUCUCCAGUUUUAACCAUAUUGUGCUUAUGCGGAUCCGGGGUGUUUGAAUAUCCUCAAGGUCAACCGAGAUUAUAUUUCAGCAUCUUUUAUAAUUUUAUAUCGUGGUUGUUUCAUAUUUUUCUCGUCAUUAAAGCAAAGAUAUUUUGCCAAACAUAUUCUAAAGAUGAAUUCGAUUUACCUAUAGCUGUUACAACUAGUAUAAUUUUCGGAGUGUUAUACAUGCUCGUUACUGUCUAUUACGAUAAGAAAUUUAAGAGUUGUCUGAAUAGAUUAAGCAUUGUGGACGAGACAUUGGAGAAGCUUGGAACGCCGAAGAAUUAUAUGAAAUUACGCAAACAAAUUAUAUGGCUAAUCAUUGGAUGGAUUGUCUCGAUCUUUUUCAUGGAUAUAAUCGAUAGUUUAUGGUUCUUUAUACACAUGGCAGAAUAUCAGAUCGUAAUAGCUGUAUGCGGGUCAUUAAUUUUAAACUAUUCGUAUCAUAUCAGUGUCAUUUAUGAUUUAAAGUAUAUGAUACUGCUGGGAUAUAUGAAAACUCAAUUUGAACAUGUCAACCAACAUAUUCAAAAAUUAACAGAAUUAAAGAAACGGCAAGUGAGACGUGCCUGGGCGACAUCCACUUUGUCCCUGAUGAGCCGCCACAUGGCUGGCACCGAAACAUCUAAUCGAAUCAUAUGGAUCUUAAUGCAUAUUCAUCGCGAAUUGUGCUCGAUAACGAAUCAAUUGAACACAAUAUUUGGAUUGCAAAUGCUAAUGCAAACCAUUGUAUUUCAACUCUUUACAAUCCAGCUUAUUUACGAAUUUUAUAAGUAUGAUCUUGUCACGAUAAACGAUACAUCUACGUAUUCAGCGAUUAAUUUUUUAAAUACUUACUUUUGGGCCACAGUCAUCAUCGUCAAAAUGAUUGUCUUCAAUUAUAUCUGCGAGGAACUUUGCACUAAGAAAUUUAGAACCUGUUUAAAAAGGAUCGCUAUUGUUGAUGAUACUUUGGAACAACUCGGAAUAACGACAGAUUAUAAGAAGCUAUAUACAAGAACAAUAUGCAGACAUCUUCAUUUGGAGUUGCGUAAAAUAUCUAGCGAAAUAAACUCAGUAUUUGGAAUACAGUUGACUCUCAAAAUGGGAUUGUACUUUGGUUUUAUAGCACUGUGUUUUCGUGAAACAUUCAAUGCUUUCCCUAAGUCUAUUUUGGAUUGUAUUGCGAAUAUAACAGGAAAUAUUAUGAGUACAAUAUCCUAUUCCAUUCGUGAUGAUGAGGUUCGUGAAAACAUAUCGCAGUUUUUAUUGCAAACGUCUCAAGCUCCAGUCAAAUUCUACGGGCUUAGACUUUUCCAGUUCGGUUUUGAAUUUUUUCUAAGGGUAUAUUCCAAUUAUCUUAUAAUGAUCUAUUACAAUUUAUAA